AACGCAAGUCUAACAGUCAUCAUAUCCAUGUGAAGACAGUCACCUCGACCCCAACAUGGCCACCGUAACAGCAACAGGAACGAGGAUCAAACUGGGCAAGAGCGAGGCCUCCAAGUUGCCGCCAGAGAGUGUUCGAUAUAUGCAAGCAUGUGUUGACAUUAGUAAUGCCUUGAUUCAGGAAUAUGAGGCCUCCUUGGAUAGCUCGAAGCCCAAGAAAGACAUCAACUUGAACCGACUUCGAGGCGACAUUGCCAAAAAAUAUCGACUGAGCAACCAGCCGCCUCUGACAGCCAUUCUAGCAGCAGUUCCUGAUGUUUAUAAAAAACAUUUGAUGCCAAAGUUGAUGGCUAAACCCGUCCGGAGCGCUUCAGGAAUUGCUGUUGUUGCCGUGAUGAGUAAACCGCAUCGCUGUCCACACAUCGCUUUUACUGGAAAUGCUUGCGUCUAUUGCCCAGGCGGCCCCGACUCGGACUUUGAAUAUUCGACCCAGUCAUACACUGGAUAUGAGCCCACAUCAAUGCGGGCUAUUCGCGCUCGAUACGACCCUUUUGAGCAAGCACGCGGCAGGAUCGACCAAAUCAGGUCUCUAGGCCAUAGCGUGGACAAGGUCGAAUUCAUCCUCAUGGGUGGGACAUUCAUGUCAUUGCCUAGUUCAUACAGAGAGGAUUUUGUCGCUCAGCUACAUAAUGCCUGCUCUGGAUAUCAGACGACCAAUGUCGAUGAAGCUGUCAUUGCAGGAGAGAUGGCCAACAUCAAAUGUGUUGGUCUCACAAUUGAGACUCGGCCAGAUCACUGUCAGACGCAACACUUGACAGACAUGCUUAGAUAUGGAUGCACUCGUCUCGAACUCGGCGUCCAAUCUCUGUACGAAGACGUGGCUCGAGAUACGAACCGAGGGCACACAGUCGCCUCGGUCGUCGAGACUUUUAAGUUGUGCAAAGAUGCGGGAUUCAAGGUUGUCUCGCAUAUGAUGCCCGAUCUCCCCAACGUGGGUAUGGAACGAGACCUAUUCCAAUUCGAAGAGUAUUUUGACAAUCCGGAUUUCCGGACAGACGGCCUCAAGAUCUAUCCUACCCUGGUAAUUCGCGGUACAGGUUUGUAUGAGUUGUGGAGGACAGGACGGUUCAAGAAUUACACCCCAAAUGCACUGGUUGAUCUGGUUGCUCGAAUCUUGGCCAUGAUUCCUCCGUGGACGAGGAUUUAUCGGGUUCAGCGAGACAUUCCUAUGCCACUGGUAACGUCGGGAGUGGAAAACGGCAACCUGAGAGAACUGGCCCUUUCACGGAUGAAAGACUUUGGUACCACCUGUCGGGACGUACGAACACGAGAAGUUGGCAUCAACGAGGUCAAGAACAAGAUCCGACCAUCACAAGUGGAAUUUGUUCGACGGGAUUAUACAGCCAACGGUGGAUGGGAGACUUUCCUUGCUUACGAGGAUCCGAAGCAGGAUAUCUUGAUCGCGCUAUUGAGGCUACGCAAAUGUAGCGAGACUCACACAUUCCGACCCGAGUUGACUGGGCAGCCGACCAGUAUCGUGCGAGAAUUGCACGUGUAUGGUCUUGCUGUGCCCAUUCAUGGUCGUGAGAAGAGCCGAUUUCAGCACCAGGGGUACGGAACACUUCUCAUGAAAGAAGCUGAAAGGAUUGCUCGAGAUGAGCACGGCAGUGAGAAAUUGAGCGUCAUCAGCGGAGUUGGCGUUCGUAGCUAUUACGAACGCCUUGGGUACACAUUGGAUGGACCUUAUAUGAGCAAGACAUUAUUUUUUGACGACGAGGAAGCUGAGGAUUGA